GGCGCUUCCGCUGUGACAAGCAGAGCCUGUGUAGAGGAACAUACCAGUAAGGAGGAUCCAGUGAAGGGAGGAGAGCCGCGGAAGACGAGAGAAGGAGCUAAAAUAGGAGCGGACAGGGCGGACAAACGCAGAACAAUACCAUCGUGACAGCAGACGUCAACAGACCAGCAACGCCUGAAGAUUUGUAUCCCAUGUUUUUGUAGACACAGCCCGUCGUCACCAUGACAGCGGAAGAAACAAUAAAUGUGAAGGAGGUGGAGAUCAUAAAGGUGAUCCUGGACUUCCUGAACUCCAGGAAGUUGCACAUCAGUAUGUUGGCUCUGGAAAAGGAGAGUGGCGUCAUUAACGGACUCUAUUCUGACGACAUGCUGUUCCUCAGACAACUUGUACUUGAUGGCCAGUGGGAUGAGGUUCUGCAGUUCAUUCAGCCUUUAGAGUUCAUGGACAAGUUUGACAGAAAAAGAUUCCGGUAUAUAAUCCUGAAGCAGAAGUUUCUGGAGGCUCUGUGUGUGAACAAUGCCAUGUCUGCAGAGGAUGAGCCCCAGCAUUUGGAGUUCACAAUGCAGGAGGCAGUCAAGUGUCUUCAUGCCUUGGAGGAGUUCUGUCCGUCUAAAGAAGACUACAGCAAACUGUGUCUGCUGCUCACCCUUCCUCGCCUCACCAACCAUGCUGAGUUUAAGGACUGGAACCCCAGCACUGCAAGGGUACAGUGUUUUGAAGAGGCCUGCACCAUGGUUGCAGAGUUUAUCCCCGCCGACAGGAAGCUGAGCGAGGCUGGGUUCAAGGCCAGCACGAACCGCCUUUUCCAGCUGCUCCUCAAAGGCGUGCUCUAUGAGUGCUGUGUAGAGUUCUGCCAGAGCAAAGCAACGGGAGAGGAAAUCACGGAGAGCGAGGUUCUCCUGGGUGUGGACAUGCUGUGCGGGAAUGGCUGUGACGACUUGGACCUGUCCCUGCUCUCCUGGAUGCAGAACCUCUCCCAAAGUGUCUUCUCCUGCGCCUUCGAACAGAAGCUGCUCAACAUUCAUGUGGACCGGCUGGUCAAGCCUGCCAAAACCGGCUAUGCCGACCUCCUUACCCCGCUCAUCAGUAAACUCUCCCCCUACCCCUCAUCCCCGCUGCGCCGCCCCCAGUCCGCUGACACCUACAUGUCUCGUUCCCUAAACCCGGCGUUGGAUGGCCUGUCCUAUGGGCUGUCCGGUCAGGACAAGAGAGGGCCCGGGGGCGACCCAGCUGGAGGUAAAGGGGUCUCUCCCAUGUCCCACUCCUUCGCAAACUUCCAGUACCCCGGCAGUGGAGGCCAGAGCCUGAACCGGAGUCUGAUGAUGGAGAGCUCCGGCUGCCACAGCAUCUUUGAGGAAUCCCCUGAGAGCUCCAGGACAGACACACCCGUGGACAAGAUGCUUAGUUCAGGUGGAGCCCAGAACCUGAGGCCUGCCUCAGCCCCUGGGGAGGACGCUCCAUCAGGUGGCUCUGCUGAAAGGAAUGAGCUGCGCGACUCCACGGAAAAGUUUGAAGAGUACUACCGGCAGCGGCUCCGUGUGCAGCAGCACCUGGAACAGAAGCAGCAGCAGAGGCAGCUGUACCAGCAGAUGCUUCUGGAGGGAGGGGUCCAGGAGGAACCCCCCGAGAGUGACAUGCAGCAUAGCCUCACUGAGAAGUUUUUGAACAGGUCCAUCCAGAAGCUGGAGGAGCUGAACGUGGGGAUGGAGAACUUGGGGGAAGAGGUGCAGUCUCUGGCCCAGCAGUGCAAUGGGAACACCUCCACUUCAGAGAACAACAACAACAAUGACGACGACCCCUCAACUCCAACCCCAGACCAGAGCUACUCCCAGGAAGGAGGAGCGCUCAGCAGCACCCCGCAGCGCGCCGUGGGAGGACGCGCAGUCCUGCUGCCCAACGAGUCUCCUGUUGUCUCACAGAGUGAGCAGAAACAAAAGGAAAGUCCAGCAGGUGAUUCUCCAGGCUCCUUGACUCGAAAUAAAGAGGGCAACAAGCCCAAAGACCUGUUCGUGCCAGUGCAUACGCUCGAAGACACCCAAGCCAUCCGCGCCGUUGCCUUCCACCCCUCGGGGGCGCUAUACGCAGUGGGGUCCAACUCGAAAACUCUCCGUGUCUGCAGUUACCCAGAGACACUGGACACGAGUGGGUCGAGUCCUCCAAAGCAGCCGGUAGUCCGUUUCAAGAGGAAUAAACACCACAAGGGUUCCAUCUACUGCGUGGCCUGGAGCCACUGUGGGCAGCUGCUGGCCACAGGCUCCAAUGACAAAUACGUCAAAGUCCUGCCUUUCAGCGCCGAGACCUGCAACGCCACGGGCCCAGACCUAGAGUUUAGCAUGCAUGACGGCACUAUCAGAGACUUGGCCUUCAUGGAGGGACCAGAGAGCGGAGGAGCCAUCCUGAUCAGUGCUGGAGCAGGAGACUGCAACAUCUACACCACUGACUGUCAGAGAGGACAGGGUCUUCACGCCCUCAGCGGACACACAGGUCACAUUCUGUCUCUAUAUACAUGGGGAGGCUGGAUGAUUGCAUCUGGCUCUCAGGACAAGACGGUGCGUUUCUGGGACCUCAGGGUGCCAAGCUGUGUGCGAGUUGUGGGCACUGCUUUCCAUGGCUCAGGCAGUCCAGUUGCUUCGGUAGCAGUGGACCCCAGUGGUCGUCUCCUUGCAACAGGACAGGAGGACAGUGCGUGCAUGCUGUAUGACAUCAGAGGAGGACGCAUGGUCCAGAUGUACAGGCCUCACAGCAGUGACGUGCGAUCCGUCAGGUUCUCCCCUGGAGCACACUACCUGCUCACUGGUUCCUACGACACAAAGGUCAUGGUUACAAAUCUUCAAGGUGACUUGACAAAGCAGCUGCCACUGACUGUGGUUGGGGAGCACGGCGACAAGGUGAUUCAGUGCCGGUGGCACACACACGACCUAUCCUUCCUCUCAUCUUCCGCUGACCGCACUGUCACACUUUGGACGCAUAAAGCUUAA